GUGGUAUCCUGUUUACCACGGACUCCAACGGCUGCGAUUAUAAAGGCAGUUCUGCAGUUUUCACGGAGAAAGAUGCUGUUGCUGUUGGCUGCCCUGCUUGUCAGCCGGGCUGCUAUCCAGCUGGACUGUGCAGGGCCGGGCAGCGUGACGCAGCUGCAGGUGGUGAACCUGACGUCCCGCACCAUGGCUGUGCGCUGGUCGCCCCCCGACUCCACGCCGCAGUGCCUGCGCGGCUACCGCGUGUGCUGGUCCGCCGAGCCGGACGGCCUCUCGCCUCGCUGCUCGGAGCUGCCGGCAGACUCCACGGCCGCCUCGCUCGCAGACAUGGCCGUGUGCGCCAACUACACCGUGGAGGUGGUGACCCUGGGCGUCGCCGGCAACUCCACCGCCGCCGUGCUGUCCUCGUACUCCGGAGCGGGCCCCAUCGGCAGCGCGUCGGCGCUCACGGUGAACGAGAGCACCUUGUCGGUGGCGUGGGGCUACGACGUGUUCACCAACCAGCCGUGCAGCGCGCACUUCUUGCUGCUGGUGUGUAGCUCCGCGCAGCAGGACUCGUGCAGCAACCACACCGUGGCGCUGCAGGCCACGCCCGAGGUGCUGCUGACCGGCCUGGCAGUCUGCCACCAGUACCAGCUCACGCUGGUGGCUGUCGACCACCGGGGCCUCUGGUCGGACCCCUACCAGCUGCCCGGAUACGUGGACGGCCUGGGGGAGCCGACCGACAUCGCACUGGUAGACGUGAGCAGCAGCCAGGUGUUCGUGAGCUGGACCCUGCCGCGCAUCGACGCUGUCUGUUCACACGAGCCCAUACUGUGCCAUGUGCGCGAGGGCGGUGAGGCCCGGGUGUGCCAGAGCUUCGCCACAGAGAGCCUCGCCAGCUUCACGCUGACUGAGCUGCAGGCCUGUGCCUCGUACAGCAUUCAGGUCGUCAUCCUCACCCCUGGAAACAACUUCGUGGCAUCCCCGGUCCGGCACAGCACGCGCCCCACCAACAGCACCCUUCUGGCCUGGGUGGAGGCACGUGAGGUGAGCGACACGAGCCUAGAGCUCACCUGGCUGCACAUGUACGAGGGCGCUACAUGCGUGCGGGAGUACAGCAUGUGCUGGGAGCCGCCUGGGAACUGCACCAGUGUGCCUGGCUCUGCCACAUCCCAGCAACUGACCGGGCUACAGCCACAGACCACAUACAUCCUGGAUAUGACUGCCUUGCUGACAGACGGCUCCCGCUCGGACACCGUGACUACUCGCGCCACUACCUCCACCUCCUCCACCACCACCGCUACAGAUUCAUCAGCUGUUCAACUACUCUCAAGGAUCAACAUCGGCUUGCUACUCACUCUUGUGCUGUUCUUUAAAACCAGUGCCUAAUAAGUCUCAAAGUCAUCACUCAAAGUCAUCAUCAUUGUGUUGGAAUGCAACAAAUCCACCUCCGCUUGUAGUUGUCUAUCCAAUAAUAGCAUUGUUUACAUCCAGAUAAACUACUUAUUUGCAUUUAAUGUUGAUUAUCACACUUAAGGAACCACCAAAAUAUUUCUAGAGUGUUACUGGUGUGAUGCCCUGGGUAUUACUGUCUGCCACCGUGGGAGCGCACCCUGUGAUGUCAAUUUUUCAGUACAUUUGGAAUUAGUUGUUUUGGUUAAAAUGAUAUAUUUUAAGAUUUUUGCAAUUUAUUAUACUUUAGUUUGUCCUUUACAUGUUGUAAUAAAUUACAAAAAUUAUAUAACUGGAUGAAACAAUUAAAAUAAUUUGACGCC